AUGUUUCCCGACGGAGAACCGCUCACCACGUGGAGAGCCCUGCUUGCACACCAUUCGCCCUACAUGAAAGAGCUGAUGCGCGAAGUGCCGCCCGGAGGCCGCGUCGACGUGUCGCCGUUUUGCCGCUCGGAUUUUCUCACCCUGCUCAACUUCACCUACCCGACGCGGAUGCCAAUCUAUAGGCAAAGGCCUCGUUUGUGCCGCCAACGCUUUCGAAGUGGAAACGCCAUUUCGUCGCGCCAUUUCGAUUGGGACCAUCCCGAUUGGGGCAUCGAGCGGAAGAUUCCGGAGGCCGUCAAAAUUGAAUCAAAA